GGAAUCAACGUCCCAAUAGCUGAUGCUUUGUCCAGAAUAACACCACAGACAGGACCAACCGUAGGAGAACUACCAAGGAUUGAUGUUCACUGCAUCACGAAAACCCUGCCUGCCACGCCCACAAAGCUUCAACAGAUCAGAGAAGAAACAGAAAGAGACCCAACAUUGUCUCUACUCAGGGAGACCGUAUUCAAAGGAUGGCCAAGCCGACGAAGUGAAUGCCCAACUCCAUUACAUGACUACUGGAACUUCAGAGAAGAACUAACCAUAGAAGAUGGAAUUCUACUCAAGCAAGACAGAAUUGUCAUCCCGCCUAAACUACGAGUUGACAUCUUAACUUCAAUACAUCAAGGUCAUCUAGGCAUUGAGAAGUCUCUCCUUAAAGCAAGAUCCUGUGUAUAUUGGCCUGGGAUCACGAAAGACAUUACGCAACUUGUUGAACACUGUAACGCAUGUCAAAAGUAUCAAAAGAAGAACAGAAAAGAGCCAAUUCUGCAACCUGACACUCCAAGUCGACCAUGGGAAACACUCAGUUCUGACCUAUUUGAUUUCAAAGGUAAAACCUACCUGCUUGUAUCAGACCAGUACAGCAAGUUUCCUAUUAUACGCCAACUUACCAGUACAACCUCAGCAGCAAUCGUCAACCACYUCAAGAGUAUAUUCUCUGAACACGGUAUACCAUCGCGUCUUAUGACAGACAACGGACCACAGUAUGACUGCAGAGAAUUCAARUCCUUUACAGCAACGUAUGGCAUAGACCACGUGACUAGUUCACCACUCUACCCACAGUCGAACGGAUUUGCUGAGCGAAUGGUGCAAACCAUUAAGAACAUCCUGCRGAAAUGCGACGAACAAGGUGAUGACCCCUACCUGGGAAUCUUAUCUUACAGAACAACACCAGUAGAUAGCCAYCUUAARUCACCAGCAGAACUCCUCAAUGGUCGUAAAUUCAAGACAACUGUACCAUCUGCGCAAAGAGCCUUCCAUACUGGGAAUGAUAGAGACCAAAUACGACAAAGUCUACUUGAAAGGAAGGAAGAUCAGGGCAAAUACUACAAUCAGAAUGUCCGACCACUACAACAGCCMCUACGRGAUGGGCAACCAGUGCGUAUGUAUGACCACAAGAGGAAGACCUGGGAACCAKCGACGGUACAGCAGCCAGCUAAAGAACCAAGAUCCUACCUUGUAAAGAGGACAGAUAACGACACGGUGUACCGCAGAACCAGAUCUGACCUACGACCAGAUACAACAGCACAAAGACACGACACGACAGCAAGACCGCAAAACAAUGAGCAGAUACAACACAGCAACAAGGACUCAAGCACGCCUUGUCAUUAUACCACUAGACAUAGACGUGUUGUAAGGCCCCCUGCAAAACUAGACUUAUAA